UUUCUCCUUUGCAUAAACUAAGUCAGGGAGACACACUCUUACACGGAAAAUAUUAUAUACGAGAGAGAAACAAGAGAGUGUAUAUGUGGAACCUUCACCAUGCUACGUCAAUGGCAGUUAGGGUUUCCUGUUGAUUCCCCAAAGCUCGAUCACCUCGCUAUAUUGCUGCCUACGAUGGGUGCUCCGGAGAAAUCGCAGACAAACGCUAAUUCGAUGCAGCGUGUCAAGGUCUAUCGUCUGAAUGGUGAUGGCAAAUGGGAUGACCAAGGCACUGGGCAUGUCAGUGUUGAUUAUUUGGAGCGAUCAGAAGAUCUGGGCUUAUAUGUUUAUGAUGAAGAAGACAAUGAAAACAUACUUUUGCAUCGCAUCUCUCCUGAUGAUAUUUACAGGAAACAAGAAGAUACAAUUAUUUCAUGGAGAGAUCCAGAAUAUGCUACUGAACUUGCACUUAGCUUUCAAGUCCCUGGUGGUUGCUCUUACAUAUGGGACCAUAUUUGCAAUGUGCAAAGGAAUAUGAAUUUUAAUACUUUAAAUAGUGAGGCAUUUCAUAGUGGGAACAGUGAGUCAAGGGACUUGCCCACAGUUGAAUUGUCAACGCUUCCAUUGAUUCUUAAGAUGGUGGUUGAGAGUGACAAUACAGAUCAGUCACGGCUUGCAGAACUAAUUUUAAGUGAUCAAGAUUUUUUUAGGAAACUUAUAGAAGUAUUCAGAGUUUGUGAAGAAUUGGAAAAUAUGGAUGGCCUUCACAUGAUUUUCAAAAUAAUCAAAGGGAUCAUUUUGCUUAACAGUACACAAAUUUUUGAGCGUUUAUUUAGUGAUGAGUUAAUGAUGGACAUUAUUGGUACCCUUGAGUAUGAUCCAAAGGUUCCCCAUGUUCAACAUCAUCGUAAAUUCUUAAAGGACCAUGUUAUUUUUAAAGAGGCCUUACCUAUAAGAAACUCAAUUGUAUUAUCUAAGAUACAUCAGACAUAUAGAGUCGGUUUUUUGAAGGAUGUUGUUUUGGCUAGAGUUUUGGAUGAGGCUACUGUUGCUAAUCUUAACUCCAUAGUACAUGCAAACAAUGCCAUUGUUGUUUCUUUAUUGAAGGAUGACAGCACAUUUAUCCAGGAAUUGUUUGCUAGGUUAAAAUCACCCACCACCUCUCCUGAAUCAAAGAAAAAUAUGGUCCAUUUCUUACAUGAGUUUAUUAGUUGUAGCAAGAGCUUACAGAUGGUGCGGCAGCUUCGGCUCUUUCGAGAUCUGAUGAAUGAGGGGAUCUUUGACGUCAUCUCUGAUUUACUCUUGCAAAGUCAAGACAAGAAGCUUAUGCUUACUGGGACAGAUAUCCUCAUUCUCUUCUUGAAUCAGGAUCCUAAUCUUCUGCGAUCUUAUGUUGUUCGAGAGGAGGGAAUUACACUUCUUGGACUAUUGGUUAAGGGCAUGAUAACAGAUUUUGGGGAUGACAUGCAUUGCCAAUUUCUUGAGAUUCUCCGCAGUCUAUUAGACUCAUGCUCAUUGUCUGGAGCACAGAGGGAUACUAUUAUCGAUAUUUUCUAUGAGAAGCAUCUAGGUCAACUGAUUGAUGUGAUAACAGCGUCAUGUCCUACGGAAAAUGUUCAUGUGAAUAGCCAAAUAAAGUGCCAGAGUGGGACAAAGCCAGAGAUUCUAUCAAACAUAUGUGAAUUGCUAUGCUUUUGUGUCCAACACCACCCAUACAGGAUAAAGUGUAACUUUCUUCUUAAUAAAGUCACGGAUAAAAUUCUAUUACUGUCACGGAGAAGAGAGAAAUACCUUGUUGUUGGUGCUGUGCGGUUUGUUCGCGCUAUUCUCUCACGCCAUGAUGAGCAUCUUAUAAAUCAUUUCGUUAGAAGUGAUCUUCUGAAACCAAUUGUAGAUGCCUUUGUUGCUAAUGGUAAUCGCUACAAUCUGCUCAAUUCAGCUGUUCUUGAGCUUUUUGAGUAUAUUCGCAAGGAGAAUAUGAAAUUAUUGCUGAAGUAUAUAGUUGAUUCUUUCUGGGACCAGUUAGUGAAAUUUGAGUACUUGGUUUCCAUUCAUUCAUUGAAAAUAAAAUAUGAGCAGUAUUUGGAUAAUGAUGGGAUAAAAGGGACUUCUAUUAUGAAUGACAUUCGAAGACGACUUGAUGAGCGUGCUCCGGAGAAAGAAGAGGAAGACUACUUUAACGAGGACAGUGAUGAGGAGGAUACGGCGUCUGCAUCCAAUUCACAUAAUCAGAAAGUGAAACAACGGCAACAUGCCUUAUCCAAUGGAGAUGCUGAAAGCUACUCAAAGUUAAGUCCAAGAUCCGGUGGGUUGGUUGACUAUGAUUAUGAUGAGGAUGAUGAAGACUACCGCCCACCACCAAGGAAUAAUCCAGAAGCAUCUGAAGAGUAUGAAGGAACAAUGGAGUCUCUCAGGCUGAAAAGAAAAUUGACAAAGGUCGAGAUUUUACAGAUGCCGAAGUUGUCUAAAACUUCAAAAUCUAAAGAUCGUGUUUUUGCUGCCUUAUGUUCAACUUUGAGCCAGGCUGUGCUACCUCGUAAGAAACCUUUAGUCAACUUUAUUACUAUUCCUUGUAUAGAGGACAAUCAAGAAAAGGAGCAACAUGUUUCUGGAAGCUGCUGUGAGAAUAGUAGUGUAUCGGCUGAGCUAAACCAUUUAGAGAAAGAAACUGCUGCGUCUCGAAAUUCUUCUGAUAGGUUGUACGACACAGUUGACAAUGGACAGUUGGAUGGUGAGGAACACGCUAUGGUUUCACCAAAAUCCCCGCCAGAGAUGGCUGUUACUGGAUCUUAAGAUUUUCAUACCAGAGUCGGGCAUAUUGUUUGUGGCCAAUGGAUUUGCUGGUGUAAAGUGGUUGCUGUGCUAAUGUGAGGAUUGCAUUCUACCGAGAGGGUAAGUUCUGAUUAUUCAUUCUAGGGAUGAACUGUGGAAAUGCUGUACAGUGCAAGAUAUUAUACAGCAACUUCGAUCUGCUCCUAUGUUUUAGUAGGCUUUUCGGGCUUUGAGCAUGGUAACUGUUGCAUAUGUGUAACAUUCACCAGCAAUAAUUCUCGUUUCCCUUUCCUUCUCAACCUCUUAAGCUCAUUUUUCGAUUCUGCAGAGGAUUCUGGGUUGGGGGGUUUGACCACCUUAUUAUUAUAAAAGUUAUAUCAACUUACAGAUAGAGGGCGCCAAUAUUAGCCCCACACAGGUUUUACCUUUUUUUCCCUCCCCAAUAUUGGUGGUGAAUGUGAUAUUUAGGGAUAUGUGCAGUGAUUUCUAGGGCCAUUUUUUCGCAAAUGUACUAGGAAGAAAACAUGAUCCGAUGUAAAUCUAAUGAAUUGUAACGUAUGCAUUGAACGUUCCAUAUAGUUGCGGUGGUUAGUUUUCGCCGCAGAUC